AUGAACGAUGAUGCGUCGCUCAGCUCCUCGGCGCAAGAUGAGCUCUGGGACGAUGACGACGUCGGCACCUCGGCUUUGGCGCAAUCGCAAACUGACGCCGAGCCUGCGCAACAAUCUGAGCCCCGCGCGCAAUCCGCACCGCAGCAGAGACGGCCGCAUUCGAAGAAGGACAUGAAGAAGCACUGCCCUGGGCUCAAGAAGAAGCUAGCCUUCCUCACCCACCUCCUCAAGACGCUGGAUCUCGUCGUCUUCGCCGAGUUGAGUGCCCUAUACUACAUGGAAUGCUCCAUGUUCCGAUUCCUCCUGCGAGCUUUUGGCCAACACUUCCACCUCAGUCCCAAAGAUGAAGCGUUCCCAGUUGUAAUGCCUGCAUCCCGCGUGCAGCUCGUCUUCGUCAUGACGCCCAAUAUCAUAUGCAUACUUUUGCAUCUCUUCACCUCGCUCCCGGUCGGACGAGACGACCAACGUGGGUAUCAACACGGUGGUCUCGUGAUUGACUUCAUCGGACAGAAGCCAUCCACGUCGAGAGCAUACUACGUGCUGGCAGAUAUCUUGAUAUUGGUUUUGCAGUGCGUCAUGUUGACGAUACAUGCCGAACGAGAACAAAUGCGCGUCACUCUCAAGACAUUCCGUCCCCUAGCCGCCGACCUCGCCCAGCAAGCCGCCGCCGGCCGCACCCUGCGAGAGUUGGAUGAGGAGGAGCGGGGCGUUUCCGCCAUGCUGGAUGAGGAAGCCGGAGACGAGGCGGUCGACGUCGAGAUGAGGCUCCUGGAUCAAGGUGCUGACAGCGCGACCGAGGAGGCUGGCCCCAGCAACAGCAACAGAGCUGAUGAUACCGACAGCACAACACACUUAUCCAACGUCAUGGACUCUGGCAACGGUCCGCGGACAGAACAGUUUUACCUUCACUGA